CUACAACUACUGUGCACCUUGGGAAAGAGGUGGUGUAAGUCUGCCCCAUGCUUCCACUCAGGGCCAUGCUCGUGGUAGUAGCAUGCCAAGCUACAGCGAUGGUGAGCGGCUCCAACGAUAACAGAGUUCCUCAAAACUACAGUCGUUCACGACAGCACCAUGUCAGAUGUGAGCCAUCUCUUCCGCGGAACGCUACCACCUCACUUCAAGAGGCUCAUGCGAUUAUGAGCACCACCGCUCAUCCGACACUCAAAAAGGACACCUAGCGCGUACUGCAGAGACAGUAGUACGAGGCACUUGAUUGAAGCACAACAUACCAACACAGUACUAAAAGACUAACUUCCCCUAGCCACUCUGUUAAACUUUAACUUGUUAUAGUAAAUUACGGGUACGUGUAGUAGUCUAUUAGUUCUGCCUCUGCAUCAG